UUAUUCUUUGGUGUUGAAGAUUUGUGUACUUGCUUUGAUUAAAUAAAUAAACGAAAGUUGUAGGCAUACAAAACGACAUGAUUUUGCUUUGCACAGAAAAGUAGAAAUACCGGAAGACAAAGAUAGAUGUAAAUUCCAUAAUUUUGCAGGUACACACUUAGUUAUGGGGCUUCAGUUAAAUUAUCUUUACUUUGGUUGAAUGAGCUUCUUCAUUCUAAUAUGUUUAUGAUAGUAAAGGUGUGAGUAGCAUAUUCUGUUGAGGUUUAUGCGUCAACAUAACCUGCAAAUUUCCAUGUAUGAAAUGUUAGGUUAGAAUAUUAGAAUUACUGUGUUGUCGUGUACAGCAGUUUUUAAACAACAGGUUUUGCACCAUUAUGCAUGAAUGUUUCAUUAAUUUCAAUUCACAAUUCAUGUAUUAUAAUUUUCUACAGCAUUAGCAUACAUUUAAUUUUGUAUGUGCUUAUCUAGGCUAACAUCUUCAUGAAAUGGACACUAUUUAAUUUGUGUUUUUAUGAAAUGAAAUAUUUUCACAUAAUCAGCUGUGUCAGUCAAUAUGGAAUGAGUUUCCAGUGUUUUGUAGACUCUCUGCCUUCAUCAUUAAUAUUGGACAAGGUGAAUGAUGAGAUGUUUAUUAUAUAUACAGGCUGAAUGUUCAGUACUUUUGAAUUUUGUAUGUUAUUCAUUCCCACACAACCUAUUAAAAUCAAGGUAGAUAAUAGUUUCAUACACCAGAUAAGCAAUGGCCAACUGAUUGACCCUGUCACGUUUCCUUAUCACACCUCUUCUCUCUCCGUAUUUCAUCCGGCAGAGCUAAGAAGCUCGGACCCAUAAUGUGUAUAUAUACAGUGAACUGCCGUCACUCAUCCUACUAAUAUUUAAUGAUGAAGACAGAAACUCAUUCCUUGCUGACACAGCUGAUUGGAUGAGAAGACUUCAUUGCAUCCAGUCACCACGAAAGCUUAAAAUCUUAUAUUGCAUUUUCAUCUUUCAGCCAAACACAGUGGGUAUUUCCAUCUCAUAAAUUUCUUUUUCUCCCUAUACACAAUGUUCUCAAAAGAAUGUAGUAAUAUGGAAUACUUAAGGCUUCCAAUGGGGCCCUUAUAGAACAUGACAUCAGUCUGCAAUAGUGGCAGGCAACAAAAGGGUGUCGGAGAUGAUGUUGAUGCAGACAAUGCAGGUUUCAAUCUGACAAGUUUCCUGAGUGUUACUUAUGAAGAAAGUGCAAAUGAAACUUCUACCUAUGAAAAUGUUUCAUCUAUCAGAGAUGUUUCUACCACAGUUGAAGAUGCCAUAUUGGAAGACAGUCAUCAAGCAAGUAAAAAUAGAUUGCAGAGAAGGUGUCAGAGGUUGGCUACACUAUCAACAUCAGUGCAGCCAGAACAUGGCAGAACAAGUGAGAAAAAAUACCAUUUGAAUGUAGAAGAAGCUCACUAUUGUUGCACAUUUUGUGACAAGUACUUUACUCAGAAACAAUUGCUGCGACAUCAUAUGAAGCUACACACUGCCAACAUGGGUAGAGAAAUGAGUGAUUUGUUGGACAAAAAGUCGAAAGAAACAGGUGAAGUGCAGAAGUAUGAGGCUCUUACAAAAGUUUCUUAUGUUUGUGAGACUUGUGACAUGGAUUGUAAGUAUAAAUCAGUUUAUAUACAACAUCAGAAGAUUCACAAGAAUAAAGAGAAAACAUUUCUGUCAUGUCACAUAUGCAGGAAAGAAUUCAAAUUUAAUUCUUUGCUGCUACACCAUAUGGAAAGCCAUAAGCUCAAAUCUAAAGUAAAAAAAUCUUUAUCGUGCCAUACCUGUGGAAAGAAGUAUACCAAAAGUGGUAGCUUAACAAAACAUGAGCUUCAGCAUGAAGGGAAAGGAAGUUUCCGUUGUCGCCCUUGUGGAGAUGUAUUUGCUACUGAAGCUGAACGAACAAAACACCGUGAUGAGAAACAUGAAAAACCUUGGAAAUGUGCAAUAUGCAAUCAUACUUUUGCCACUGAAGAUAAACUUGAUUCCCACAUGAAAUGGCAUGAAAACAAGGAGACCGAAGUGUUUAUUUGUAAUGUUUGUGAUAAAGAAUUUAAACUGAAAGUAAAUCUCAAAGUUCAUGUAGAAAGUCGAUGUGGUACAGACCCACAGCACGUGUGUAAUGUUUGUGGGAAGGCUUUUAUGACACGUGGAACACUUGUUACACAUUCACUGCUUCAUACAGGUGAAAAAACUUUCCUCUGUCGAUUCUGUGGUAAGAACUUCCGUCUAAAAGUGGAGAUGCAGAGACAUGAAAGGUCUCACACUGGGGAGAAACCAUUUGUUUGUAAAGUGUGUAACAAAGCUUUUGCUCACAGGGAAAGUCUUGUUACACACAACACUCUUCAUACAGGGAUACGGCCUUAUAUGUGCGAAGCUUGUGGCUCCACCUUCUCAUGUAUCGGGAACCUCAUAAAACACAGAAAAACUCAUCGUAACAGAUGUGCACUUGUAACUCCUACCAUGACAUCCAGUAAGUGCAGGGUGAAGUCCACUACCAGGAAGUUACAAACACAUGAGAAGAAUGUAACAGCAAGAAAAUCACCUGUCGAACACUUAAUGAAUUCUAUGUUAUUGGGAGUGCAGAGACCUAGUAAUAAUGGUGUAACAGAGGAGGAAGCUCCACUCUUGCCUGGUAGUUGUUAUAAUUACAGAAAUUCAAAUUAUGAAGAGAAUCGUGACUGGAUCUCACCCAUGCUCAGUAGCAGUGAUCAAACAAUUGAGCGAAUUCCAGCAAUAAAUGAUAGAUUCCAUCCAAUUGCUGAUCUUCAUCUUGGUAGCAUGGAGCAAAAUAUUAAAAGUACACAUUAUUACUGGGGAAGUGGCAAUAUUAUGGGAAUGCAUCCUGAUGCCAUUCAGUCAUUUGGAGUGUAUAGUGCAAUUUCUAAGGAGUCAAAGCCUGAGUCAGCAACUAGAAGUCUUCCAUAUACAUGCUCUACUGAUGGAUUGAUUGUUAAUAAUGGAAAACCAACAGUUGGCAGCAUCUUCCAGAAUUCUGACAAUCAUAGACUUCAAAAUUAUGGCGCAGAAAAGUAUUCUCAUGAUAACAGAAUUCAGAUUUCAGAUCGUGAAAAGUAUUCAUAUAGUCAGAAAGAAACAACUGAUCCUUUCAAACACAAUAAUGUGAAAUCAUCAUAUCAUGUUGGUCAGAAUACGAUUACCAUCCAGAAGGAGUCUGGAUAUGAAUCAAACUUUGUCUGUGGUAAUCGAAUAUGUCAGACAGCUACUUUGGUUAAUGGACCGGAGAACCACAGUAGUGAUGACAUACCCAGUGAAAAUGAUGUUUAUAUGACUGAUAACUUUACAGCAAAAAAUUCAAUUAGUAACCUGAAAUAUGAAGACACAGAUAAUAAACAUAAAGACAAUCUGCCUGGUUCUAUUCUUGAAUCUGAAUCUCAAGAGACAGAUGAACUGUCAGCUGUUGGAUCACCUGUUAACAUCUCUUCAGACAGUACGUUAUCAGAACAAGAACAGACUGAUAUAUUUACCUCAAAAGUACUGGUAGAUUGUAAUUAUACUGUAAAAAAGGAAAUUGAAUUAGAUGUGAAAGAUGGUAAAGAUGUUGGGAAAUCCGUGUUUAAAUCGGGAGUAAUGAGUUCAUUGAAGAAAAUUCCUCAUGAACGGAAGCAGAAAUAUCCUGCAAGAUGUGAUGUUAGAAGUAAAGAAUCAGAUACAGCUUCAGUUACUAAAAGUACAAGUGAAUUUCCUGAAGAUCAGUUUUCAUGUGCUUCAUGUGGUUUGGGUUUUGCUCAAGAACAGUUGUUAAAUGAACAUACUCGGUCUCAUUCAGAUAAUAGUAAUAAAUACAAUGAGAUAAACACAGAUGAUUCUGAGAGAACAGAUCUAGCCUCAGAUGAGGAUGAGCCAUUAUAUAAGCGUUUGGAACGUCAUUUAAAGGAAGUGGAAAUCCUUAACUCUGGAGAAGUACCGAGAAAGUUCCUUUGUCAAUAUUGUAAUAAAUAUUUUGAAUUUGUGUCACAAUUGAAUCGUCACAGAAAAUGUCACUCAUCUGAAGAAAAGGGAGCAACACCAUGUCGUCACUGUGGUAAAAAGUAUACUAAUAGAGCCUGUUUAAUAAAACAUGAAUCUCAGCACACAGGUGCAGGUGUUUUUAAGUGCAGACAGUGUGGUGAUGGUUUCAAUUCAAAACGAGAAUACCGAUCUCAUCGAACAAAGCAGCAUGGAAAGCAGUGGAGCUGUUCAGAUUGUCAGCGGUCAUUCUCAAACUCAAGUAAUCUAAAGAAUCAUUACAAUAACAAACAUCUUGGUCGUGAGGCAAAAUCUUAUGCAUGUAAUAUCUGUGGAAAAUUGUUCAAACAGAAAGGAAAUCUCAAAGUUCAUGUAGAUAGUCGAUGUGGGUCAGAACCGAGGCACGUGUGUAACGUCUGUGGUAAGGCAUUUAUGAGUGGUGGUUCUCUUGGUACUCACAUAUUGCUCCACACGGGUGAAAAAACAUUCCUCUGUCGAUUUUGUGGCAAGAGCUACCGUCUCAAAGUGGAGAUGCAGAGACAUGAAAGGUCUCACACUGGGGAGAAACCAUUUGUUUGUAAAGUGUGUAACAAAGCUUUUGCUCAUAGGGAAAGUCUUGUUACACAUAACACUCUUCAUACAGGGAUACGUCCUUACAUGUGUGAAGCUUGUGGCGCCACCUUUUCGUGUAUUGGGAAUCUCAUCAAACAUAGGCAGACUCAUAAUAGAAGAUGUGAUAUAGCAAGAGUAUGAUACAGCUCCGAAGUCAUGCUCUGAUAAAUUUCUGGUUCAUAUAAUACUGGUAACCUUGAAUGUAGAAGGUUAAGUCACAUAAAAUGUUAACUCCUUGUCUAACAUUGACGUGCACAGCUAAAUACAAAUUAUCAUUGUAA